AACUUUGGAAACAUUGAACAUUCCCAUCGUCGAAUAUGCAUUGAUUGGUCCCAUAUAUAGUUAUUACCUCAGCAUGGACACUAACCACAUAGUAGUUUCUACAUGUGAAACCCUCCGUGUGUGGAAUAAGAAAUCUCUUCAAUUAAUACUUUCACGUUCUUCAGCCUCUAACUCUAAUAAACCUGAUUUAUCGUUUGAUGGUGACUAUUCUGUAUGCUUAGAUCAUGGAUACUUAAUUAAAUGCUACUCCAAAUAUUUGAAAGGUCGGCCUAUAGCGCUGAUUACAGAGUAUAACUUGGAAGCUAAGAGGAAGAAACGAACCAUACUUCUUCAAAUGGAAGCACUCAUUCACAAAGUCGAAUGCUUUGGAGACCUUGUUGUGACUAGUUAUCUAGAGGAAGAAGGAAAAUCAUCUACAAAUGUUUACCAAGUGCGUCAAAAGUAUAACCUGAGAAAAAUAAUCUUCUCCUAUUACUGUGAUGACGAUGAUAUUCACAUGACGAUGUACGAUUUUGUCGGAAACUCAUUUCUGAUCUACCAUUUGCAGCGAGGCUAUUAUCAAGAAAUCGAGCUGUCAACUGGUGUCAAACGUCCUCUGCGUCGACUUCCCACUAAUUGUCGAUGGGUUGUCAACUUAUUCGAUAAUCUGGCCGUGAUACAAAGGGGCGAGUACCUAGAAGUUUGGGAUUGGAAGAAUAAUUCCAUAUGUCACGUCCUGUAUGAUGAUCAUGAUAAAAAGCAAUAUGCACCCAUUUUAGAGUUUACUACUGGAAAAUGGCUGAUGACUAGCAGUAACAAUCACAAUUCGGAGCCCGCUAUAAAAGUUUAUAGGUGUAAGUGAGUUGGUAUGAGUUAUAAACAAAUAGUAUUUGAGCUUAGAGUAGAGGGUGAGCAUAAAUUAUUAAAAAAAAAUCAUAGGUGAAUAAAAGAAUAACGAAUAAAUGUAGUUACAUGAAUAUUGAUCUAUUGAAAUAGUUAUUUGUAUAUCUAGGGUGAAAAGUACUGUUUUUUCUCCUAUCUUUCUACACUGCCAUUAUAACGUGGACAUCACUAUAGCUCGACUCAAAUCGUACAACUUCAGUCGAGGAUACUCCAGUCUCUCCACCUCAAGACGUUUUUUCUCAUAGUCACUACUUCAGUUCCAUGCUACUCCAUUUUCUAACCUUACUUUAUAAAACAUACGUAUAAGAUCUAU